AUGGUACGCCCAAUAAUUGUAUGGAUAAAAGAGAUUUACUACCCGGUCCUCACAGCCUUCGGUGUUCCUGCGAACCUGAUGACAAUCAUCAUUCUCUCCAAGGGAAAUUGCGGUCUAUCUAAAUGUAUCUCUGUUUACAUGAUGGCAAUGACCACGGCAAAUCUACUGGUCACGAUCUUCAAUAUAAUGGUUUAUCACAUUUUCACUUAUCAUUUUCCACAAUCAUUCCUGUCCUACACUGCCGUUUGUAAAUUGAUUGUGUACGUGAAUUGUACCACCCUAGAUAUGUCCGUGUGGUUUACAGUCUCGUUCACAUUUGACAGAUUUGUAGCUAUCUGUUCUCAGAAGUAUAAAACAAAGUAUUGCGCUGUGAAAACUGCGGCCACGGUUCUCACAACAGUCUCAGUCCUGAUCUAUUUAGAGGACAUCCCCUUUUUGUUUGCCUUUGAACAUGCCGGAAUGGUUGACAAUGUUCACAGAGGCUGCCGCUCCAGUGUGGCCUUCUUUCUAUCGCCUGCUGGUGCAGCUUACUCCUGGUUACAAAGCGUUUUAAUCGCUUGGCUUCCGUUUGCUUUAAUAUUACUGUUCAAUGGUUUGACAGUCAGGUAUAUUUCAAUAGCCGGUAGGGUCCGGAGGAAGCUUCGUUGUAAUAACACUGAGAAUCAGAAAGACCCAGAGACGGACAGCCGAAGGAAAUCCAUCAUUUUACUGUUCACUGUAUCGGGUAGUUUUAUACUGCUGUGGUUAACAGCGGCCGUGAGCUUUUUAGUUAAUAGAGUGACCAACACUGUGCAUUACGGAGAUGACCAUGGAAAACUUGCCUAUAUCGCCGCUGAAAGUGGAUAUAUGCUUAUGCAUUUGAACUCUUGUACAAACGCGUGUAUUUAUGCAGCUACUCAAACUAAAUUCAGGGAAGAGUUGAAGAAGCUCGCGAAAUCUCCUUACACAUUUAUUCUGAAGCUGGAUAAAAACUGA